CUCCAACUCCCAUCCAUUGAAACCCACCACCACAAUGCCCACUCCCCAAAUAUACCAACUGUCCAUCUCCCCCGCCUUUGCCAGCCUAAGCGCCCAGGAAAAGCUCUACGCGCAUCACUUGGCCAAAGCAGCAUGGAACAGCACGCGAAUCAUCCUCCGGCAAGUCUCCCCCGAAGCUACCGGCAUCUUCGACUUUAUCAUAUCGCUAUACCGCAGCUGUGACGGGAACUGGGAGCAACUCGCUGCGGAAAGCGGAGUGGAUAUCCAGGAUGUAGAGCGGUUCCUCGAUUACGCGGCGACAUUUCUGUCGAAUGUGGGGAAUUACUACGGAUCCGGAGACCAGAAGUUCACGCCGGACGUGACGGGGGGAUGUUUGGAGAAAUUGGCGGGUGGGUCCUCGUCGGCAAGGAAGUUGUUGGAGGAGGUUAAAGGGCCCAUGCUUGAUGCUCUUCCACAGGGACUAGGCCGGCCGGGGCCCUUGACACAGUCGGCCUAUUAUCUGGGCGCAGACUGUCUGGAUUCUGCGGAGGAUGUCGCGGUGGUAGCGAGAGUCAUGGAGGAGCAGUCUAUUCUGCCGGAGAAUACUCGUCUGAGAAGAAUCGGGGCGGACUGCUACGACAUCAUGCAAGCAUCCAUCACGGAGGGAAAACCCCUUCUGCAGACCCACGACUCCAACGGCACAAAAAUCUACCUUGCAAAAGGCGACCACAAAAACGAGCUAUCACACAUCUGUGAUUGUCUCCAAGCCGCUAUCCCCCAUGCUUCGAGCCCGGCGCAGACGGAAAUGCUCCAGAAAAUUAUCGACAGCUUCCAAACCGGCGAUCUAGAGGCUUAUCGCGCCUCGCAACGAAUUUGGGUCAAGGACAAAGCGCCGCCGGUGGAAUCGGUCUUCGGCUUCGUCGAGCCGUACCGGGACCCGUUGGGUGUUCGGGCGGAGUUUGAAGGGAUUGUUGGGAUCCCGGAUCCAGGGGAGACGAGGAUACUGAAUAAUCUUGCCAGCAGGGCGAAUACUCUGGUUUAUAAGCUUCCGUGGGUGGAUGGGGAUGAGGAUGGUGCCAAAGGGCCGUUCGAGAAAGAAUUGUUCGAGCCGCCCGACUUUUCGAGUAUUCAUAGUUUGGUGUACUGUUCCAGCAUCAUCUUUCCUGGGAUUAACCUGCCCAAUUACAACGACAUCCGCCAGGAAACAGGCUACAAGAACAUCAUCUUCUCGAACAGAAUGAUCGCCGAGAGCAAUCGAGCACGGGGCAUCCACAUGGUGGAUGAACAAGAGCAAUCCACAUUCAAGAAUCAUCGGUUCCACGCCUACUAUAUCUGGGUGGUAUUGCAUGAGAUUCUCGGUCAUGGAACGGGGAAAUUCCUAACUGAAUCCUCAGACGGAAGUCUGAAUUUCGAUCAAAACCAGCCCCCGGUCGACCCUCUCACCGGGAACCCUGUCAAUUCGUGGUAUCGACCCGGGCAGACCUGGACAGGCGUAUUCAAUGACCUAGCGACGACGGUCGAUGAAUGUAGAGCGGAGCUGGUGGGCGCUUAUCUCAUUGAUGAUCUGGAUAUCCUCCGGAUUUUCGGAUACACGGCACAGAGCGAGGUUACGCCUGAUGAUAUCGCAUAUAACAUGUACCUCCAGCUGGGCGUCGACGGACUCCGAGGCCUCGAGAAUUAUGAUCCCACGACGAAGAAAUGGGGCCAAGCACACAGUCGAGCGCACUUCUCAAUGCUCCGCCAUCUCCUUCGCGACAGCGACGGUCUAUACACCGUCUUAUGCGACAUGGAGAACACGAAACUGACCGUCAAGGUGGAUCGCUCCCGAGUUAUUUCUCAUGGCAAGCCUUCCUUGGGCCGGAUGCUUCUGAAACUGCACAUCUAUCGCUGCACAGCCGAUAUCUCCAACUGUCGACUCUUCUAUGAGGAUUUAUCGCACGUGGAUGAGGAGGCACUACGAUGGAGAGAUAUUGUUGUCUCCAAGAAGGAUCCACCUUUGGCAUUUAGUCAGGCGAACACAUUCCUCGAGGGGGGUGAUGUGAAACUGAAGGAGUAUGCACCUACGGCACGGGGUAUUAUCCAGAGCUGGGCCGAAAGGGAAAUAGAAUAGAACAAAGGGGGGUGUUCACACCUUCUAGCUUCAGCUAUGCCUAUCUUAAGCGACUCCACAAACCUAUUACAGCGC